AUGGACAAUAACCCCGGAAGAGUGGAGGGAGCAGAAGAAGCUGGUGGAAAGCGUAAGAAGAGGAAUAUGGGCCGGAACGAAUGGAGUCGGCAAAACCUAGACAAGAGAGCGCGGAAUGACGAGAUUAAUGCAAGGAAGAGGCAGAAGAUUGAGCAAGGCGAGGAAAUCGAUACCCCGAUCUAUGCGACCAAUUUCUCGCAGGAGGAUAUUGAGAAUGAGCAGCGGCGGCCGAAGAAGAAGGCUGCUGUGUUGCUUGGGUAUUCGGGGACUGGGUAUCAUGGGAUGCAGCUGAGCGCCGAGCACAAGACAAUCGAAGGAGAACUCUUCCCCGCCCUCGUCGCAGCAGGCGCAAUCUCCAAAGCCAACGCCUCAGACCCCAAAAAAUCUUCCUUCGUCCGAUGCGCACGCACAGACAAGGGCGUCCAUGCCUCCGGCAACGUCAUCUCGCUAAAAAUGAUAGUGGAAGACGAGGACAUCGUACAGAAGAUCAACUCGCACCUCAGCCCCCAGAUCCGCGUAUGGGGUAUCGAAGUCGCCAGCAAGAGUUUCAGCUGCUAUCACAUGUGUGAUUCUCGAGUCUACGAGUUCUUAAUCCCUAGCCAUUGCUUCUUGCCGCCCCAUCAUAGUACAUAUUUGGGGAAGAAGAUUGUUGAGAUUGCGGAGAAGGAGGGCGAUCUCGAAAAGUACAAGGAGAGACAAGCUGAAGUCAAGGGUUUCUGGGAGGACAUUGAUGAGAAGUACAUCAAGCCGAUACUCGAAGGCGUACCCGAAGACAUCCGAACAGUGGUCGAGAAAGCCCUCCACAUCAACGAAAAGGCCGAAGACAAACAUGAACCGCAAGACUUCCCAGAGAGCGCCACCACUCCUACAGAACCCCAACCCCAGGAGCCCGAGGAAAAGAAACCCCAACUCACCGAAGCCGAAGAGUCCCGCCGCCGCGAAGCCAUCGCCAUAACCAAAGCCGUCAAAGCCGCCUACCUCCGCGCAAAACGCGCCUACCGCAUCCCCGAAUCCCGCCUCGACCGCAUCCAAGCGGCACUAGACCAAUACGUCGGCACGAAGAACUUUUUCAACUAUACCAUCCAAAAACAGCACAAGGAUCCCUCUGCGAAACGCUACAUCAAAUCGUUCAACCUCAACCGCAAGCCUAUCAUCAUCAACGACACUGAAUGGCUCAGUCUCAAGGUCCAUGGACAGAGUUUCAUGAUGCACCAGAUCCGGAAGAUGGUCGCGAUGGCAGCUAUGGUUGUACGCUGUGGUGCGGAUCCGGAACGGAUGAGGGAGUCGUAUGAGAAUACGAAGAUUGCGAUUCCCAAGGCACCCGGGCUGGGUCUUUUGCUUGAACGGCCGGUGUUCGACUCGUAUAACAAGAAAGCGGCGGAUUUGGGCCGCGGCGCUAUUGAUUUCAGCAAGUAUGAGGCUGAAAUUAGCGAGUUUAAGCAACGCGAGAUCUACGACCGUAUCUUCCGUGAGGAAGAGGAGACUAAUGCAUUCUCCUCCUUCUUCAACCACAUCGACCACUUCUCGCAGGAGGAAUUCCUCUACGUGACAUCCGGCGGUAUUGCAGCUGCCAAACCCAGCUUGCAGUCUAACGCUUCCGGUGAUGCACAGGCUGAGGGUAAUAAGACGGGGAGGAUAUCGCAAAGAGAAGCUCUGGCGGCGAUUGAGUCGGAGAAUGAGAGUGGGGGUGAGGAGGGUGGUUGA